UGUUAAUUUAUUUCAAUGGCACCUCAACAGAUCGAAACGAGCUGCGGCUACUCCUCUACAAAAGCAAUUGUACCUGGUGAUGAGGCGUAUUUGCGAUUGGCCGGCGAUACAAUGGAAGAAUUAGAAUGGUGCUUAGAUCAAUGAACAAUUCAAACACAUCGUAGUGUUUCGGACAUGGCUUCGUUGAAAUUUAAACGAAUGCUGAAUAAAGAAUUGUCACACUUUAGUGAAUCCAGCAAAUCAGGAAAUCAAAUAUCCGAGUAUAUUUGUUCGACAUUUUUAGAUAAACAACAAGAGUUCGAUUUACCAUCGUUGCGUAUCGACGAGAAUGAAAUUGCUACUCAACAAGCUCAACAACGUAGUCGUUCGCCACGAGGCGUUGGCGGUGGUCCGCCAAUGUCUCAAAUAUCAGGCGUUAAGCGGCCAUUAUCACACACAAACUCAUUUACUGGUGAACGUUUACCCACGCAUGGUGUGGAAACGCCGCAUGAAAAUGCAUUAGGAACUUAUUUGGGAGAAAUCGACACAUGCAUAGACAUAUUUAAAAUUGGAGAUCUUAGUUUAUCGAGACCAUUGACCUGUGUCGCCUUUACCGUGUUUCAGAGUAGAGAUUUAUUAAACGCUUUAAUGAUACCACCGAAAACAUUCAUUACAUUUAUGGCUACUCUUGAAGAUCAUUACGUCAAAGACAAUCCUUUUCACAAUUCAUUACAUGCGGCCGAUGUGGCCCAAAGUACGAAUGUUCUAUUAAAUACUCCAGCUUUGGAAGGUGUCUUUACACCAUUGGAAGUUGGCGGAGCGUUGUUUGCAGCUUGUAUACAUGACGUCGAUCAUCCUGGUUUAACCAAUCAAUUUUUGAUAAAUUCAAGCUCGGAAUUAGCAUUAAUGUAUAACGAUGAAUCUGUUUUGGAAAAUCACCAUUUAGCUGUUGCCUUUAAAUUACUCCAAAAUACAGGAUGUGAUAUAUUUUGUAAUAUACAGAAAAAACAACGUCAAACGUUGCGAAAAAUGGUGAUCGAUAUUGUACUGUCGACAGACAUGUCGAAGCAUAUGAGCUUAUUAGCCGAUUUGAAGACUAUGGUUGAGACUAAAAAGGUUGCCGGUUCUGGUGUGCUAUUAUUAGAUAAUUAUACGGAUCGAAUUCAAGUCUUAGAAAAUCUUGUACAUUGUGCUGAUCUUAGUAAUCCAACAAAACCGUUACCAUUAUACAAAAGUUGGAUCAGUUUAUUGAUGGAGGAAUUCUUUCAACAAGGCGACAAAGAACGCGAAAUGGGUUUGGACAUUAGUCCAAUGUGCGAUCGUCAUAAUGCUACAAUUGAAAAGUCUCAAGUGGGAUUCAUCGAUUAUAUUGUACAUCCGUUGUGGGAAACAUGGGCCGAUCUUGUACAUCCGGACGCACAAGAUAUUUUAGAUACACUGGAAGAGAAUCGCGAUUACUAUCAAAGUAUGAUACCGCCGUCGCCACCCACGGGUGAUGACGAUGGUGACGAAAGGAUUCGUUUUCAGGUAACCUUAGAAGAAUCGGAUAAUGAAGGUGAUCAAGACGAUGAUGAUGAUAAGGAAGACGGUCAGCCGUCAGUCAGUCAAAGCCAAUCACAUCCAUCAGGAAUGUGACGGAGAGUAGUGGGUUUAUGCCGGUAAGCUUUCAGAAAAAGCUCAAACAUUUUGGUUAAUCAGAUGAAUAUUUCGGUUUUAAUUUAAAGAAAGAGAGAGAGAGAGAAUUUUUUUAGAAAACAAAAUUGUUUGAUUGAAAAAACAAAAAACUUUUGUUUUGGAUAAUCGUAAAAAAUUAAUAUUUUUUUUUAGCA